AUGGGAAAGGCAAGCAGAUGGUUAGUAAAUUUCUUGUUGGGGAGAAAAGAGGAUAAAGGAAGAAGGAAAAAUAUUUCCACAUCAUUUGAAGAAGGAAGUGUAAUGACAACCCCAUGUGCAACUCCAUCUGCAACUCCUUUUAAGAGGAGAUGGAGUUUCGGGAAGUUGGUGAGUAAAGGUAAAGCUCAUAAGAGUUCCAGGUCCCUUGACUCAAUGACUGCUACUCCACUUGUAAAGCAAGCUGUAUUGGACCUGGAGAAUCGGCAUGAUAACACCAGGGUUUUGGCAAUGACAAUGGCAAGUGCUACCAAAAGAAAAACAAAAGCAACAUAUGCAGCUUCUUUAGUAAGCAAAGCAGUAGAAGAUGCUGCAGCCACCAGGAUUCAAGCCGCCUUUCGUUCUUAUUUGGCUAGGAAAGCUUUGCAUGCUUUAAGGGGACUAGUCAAGUUGCAAGCACUGGUUAGGGGUCACCUGGUGAGAAAACAAACAACUGCUACUCUCCGAAGUAUGCAUGCUCUAAUGGCAAUACAAGUUAGAGCUCGGUUUCAGAGAAUCCAGAUGGCUGAGGAAUCACAACUUGCAGUAAAAAGCCAAUCAUCAAGAUACGGUAGGUUUCACCAGGAAAUGGGGUUCAAAAGAGCACAGAGAGUAAGUCUUUCUUCUUACAACUCAAUUCAAUCACCUAUUGCCUUGCAAGAAAAGCUAGUAAGAUACAAUGCUCCAAAUUCAACAACUAAUGAUCAAUGUUAUGUUCAUAUACAGGAAGCCGUUAAUAUAAAUCUUUAUGAAAAGCAUGGAAUUGUCAAGAGCCAAAAUGGUUUUAUGAAUCAUUCACAAAUUGAGAGGAUUGAGCGUGGAGUCACCAGAUAUUACUCUGGAGAGCUUUCAAUCUUAAAGAGAGAACAAAAGCACGAGGAGUUUUCCUUCACGACACACAACAGUCCUAGACAUUCUCCUUCAAAGCCCAAGCCAACAUCGGGAAGAUCCUCUUUCAGUUCUCAUGAGUAUCCAUGCACACCAAAUUACAUGGCCAACACACAAUCUUCAAGGGCCAAAGUCAGGUCACAAAGUGAACCAAAACAACGACCAACAAUGAACUUCAAAGCAAAGGGCAAGAGAACGGCUUCAGCUGAAGAAAUGAAUGACAAUAUUCAGCAAUAUUCAUCUUCACAGUCAAAAGGCGUUGCAGAUGAGAAUCAAGAACCAUGGUUUGUCAAACUUUAUCAAUCAACAAUUACACCAAAUGAGAAUGAGGGUACUGACACCAGUGUCCCAACAAGUUAUUCUGAAUAUAGGAAAUCUCUUGUUACAAAUGAGGUAAGUCGAGUUCACUGCAGUAGGUUCAAAUUCCCCUUUUUUUUUUCUUCAAAGUAACAUUGUCUAACUCUUUUUUCUGAUUCAUUUAACUGCAGCCUCAUGCAACUUUAUUCUAACAGAAGAUUUAACAACUCUCAACCCUUAGCAGAAGUGACGAACGAGAUUGUUGAAUCAAGAUUUAACAUCGGAAUAAUACAGUCUUCUAUUUCUAUAUGAAUGAAAAGACUAGACUUCACAUUCUGAAUUUCCAUUGCUCAUGACAAUCUGAAUAUCUGUUCAUUGCUUGCACAGUUAAUUAGUGGUAUCAAAGCUUGAUCAAGCAAAAAUUUUAUAGUAAAAGAAUGAU